UUCUGCCCCACUAUAUCAUAAACGAAUUAAAUACCACAGUCAGCACAAAUAAGAUACCAGUUACUAUUAUUCAUUGCAACUGUCAAUAUAUUUCUUACAACAAUGGGAAACAAAAUUUAUUCUCUUCUCCUCGCUUUUUCUAUUUUUCAUGUUUGUUUAUCGAAUAGCAUUGACGAUCAUUCGGAAAUAAUAAACGAACUAAAAUCAAUUGUUGCUUCCACUAUUGAACAAUUAAAAUUGUAUCAAAAUAAUUUUCAAUCAGAUGUGAAAAUUAAUUUACAAACAGUACAAAAUGAUAGCAUUUGGAAAAUAAAUAAGGAUUUAAAUUAUGUUUCAAGUAGCAUUAUGAAUGCAGUGAAUGCAGUAGGCUCAACGGGCAAAAACGCACAGUCUUGUUAUGAAGCGUGUAAAGUCAGUUUAAAGAAUCUGAAUAAACAAACUAAUAACAAGCUUGACAAAUGUUACUAUUCAUUUUCAUAUUAUACUGAACCUGCUUUAAAAGAAAUCAAAACUGCUAUUCAGAAUGGAGAAAAUAUUUCCGAAGAUUUGGAUACAAUUUUUAUUGGAUGCACAAAACAUUUAACCGAGUCAGGUGACUGUUUAACGGAAAAAAUAGAAGAGGUUCGAAAAACAUUAAAAAAAAUGCAAACCAAUGUAAAUGAUAUAAAAAAUAUUGGCACUUCCUCUAUGAACAAAGCAAAGACUGUUGUCACAUCCUGCAGUGAAAAAGCCGUUCGCUAUUUACACGUAGAAGCAACAUUUAACAUACAACGAGAAGCAAAUAUUUGCGUACGAAAUAUUUACAACGAAUACAAUUAUUAGAAAGAAUUUUUGUUUCUUUAAUCUUUUUUUUUUUGUAAUUAGUUUUUAAUGUAAGAUUACUUUUUUAAAGUAUAAAUUUUUAACAUCUAAUAAAAAAAAAAUUUGUUUAAUUAAUAUCUAAAAAAUAUUAUCUAAAAAAAAAUACGAUAAUAAUUUUAGAAAUUUCAAUUUUGCUGUAAAAAAAAAAGAUGAAACAGAAGGGGGGCAUAGGAUAUAAAUAAGAAGCUCAUCGUAAAGCAAAGAGUUGAAAAUGGAAUAUAAUACAAGUACUGAAAGUCAAGGGUACCAUCAAUCAACAGUGGUCGCGACCGACGCGCAACCAGUCCCCUAAUUUGUUGGGUUUCUUCUAUAUAUUUAUUCGGUCUCUGACAUAAGGUGUUUCUUUGCUUCGCGUAAACCGUCAAACCUUCGCCACGUUUUUAGAGUUCUCCCCUUUAAAUUUUACUCACUGUCUUCGGCAUGUCAAAAGCUCGGCCAUUAUAUUAUUAUACUGAAAAAAAAUAAUUUAUAUUUGAUUCAAAUAAUUACUUUACUAUUAUCAAAUAAAACAUUUACUUGAAACAAAUAAUUUUUAUUUAUUUUAAAUCGUAUUUGAAUCACUAAUUUCUGUAUUUGAAACGAAUUAUCAUUUAAUUGACUUAAAUAAUUGUUUGAUACAAAUAAAUAAUUGUUUGACACAAUUAAAGAAUUAUUUAAUAAUAAUCAAGUAAUCGAUUAAUUUGAAUCAAAUAAUUUUUUUUUUUUUCAGUGGCAAGAGAAAAUUGCACGUAAAGAAAUUAAGUGACAAUUAAAUACAGAAGGGUAUAAAGAGAGAUAAGGGGGGGGGGGUAUAAAAUCCAGUAAUGGUCGUGAUAUGCCUUCAGGGUCGUUAACAUAAAUUCAUUGAGAAUGAAGAACUUGUUUAAUUUCUUGACGCCCAUGACAACCCAUUAUCGUUUAUUAUAAUGCCAUUUACGGAUCAAGGGUCGUCUUUGUUAUAUACCUUAUAUAUGUUGACGGUUUAAUUCUAAUGCUAAAACGAUGCCAAUUUCAACUUCUAUGUAAUAAUAAUAAUAAUAAAAAUAAUUUACGCAA